AGUAGCAAACAGACUCUUCUAAACCCUCAAAUUUCCCUCUUUCCCAAGAGCUCAAACAAAGAAAACAAUAGCACAACCACCUUCUCUCUAUUGUCUUCCUUCCCCACUUUCUCAGAUCACCAAUCUCUUCAAUUUCAAUCCAUAACCUCCACUACUCCACCACCCCCCCAAAACCCAUCAACCAAUACCACCGCUACCUUUAUCCACUCUUCCACUCUGAUUUUUCUUUCUUUUUUCUGUAAUGGUCACUGGUGGGUCCCACCGGGAUGAUGGGGACAAAAACCACCGCCGUCCCGCUGCCACCGUUUCUAGAGCUGGUACCACCAGGUCUUGGGGCACCACCACUGUCUCCGGUCAAUCGGUUUCAACCAGCGGCAGCGUUGGUUCCCCUUCUAGCCGGAGCGACCAGGCCAUGGCCACGCCCGCCAGUGACAGCACUUUUCUUAGGUUGAACCAUCUUGACAUUCACACCGACGAUGCGGCCACCCAAGAUGCAGCUGCUAAUAAGAAGAAAAAGAGAGGUCAGCGAGCAGCUGGAGCUGAUAAGAGUGGUAGAGGACUCCGCCAAUUUAGUAUGAAAGUGUGCGAAAAAGUGGAAAGCAAAGGAACAACUACUUACAAUGAGGUUGCAGAUGAACUCGUAGCUGAGUUUGCUGACCCUAGCAACAGCGUUUCAUCUCCAGAUCAGCAGCAACAAUAUGAUGAGAAAAACAUACGGCGAAGAGUAUAUGAUGCCCUGAAUGUACUCAUGGCAUUGGAUAUCAUAUCUAAGGAUAAAAAGGAAAUACAAUGGAAAGGUCUUCCUCGAACCAGCCUGAGUGAUAUUGAAGAAUUAAAGGCUGAGCGUCUUGGAUUGAGAAAUAGAAUUGAGAAGAAAACUGCCUAUUUGCAGGAACUGGAGGAACAAUACGUAGGUCUUCAGAACCUGAUACAUCGAAAUGAGCAACUAUACAGCUCAGAAAACACUCCCAGUGGGGGUGUGUCCUUACCCUUUAUUUUGGUUCAGACACGCCCUCAUGCAACUGUUGAAGUGGAAAUAUCAGAAGAUAUGCAGCUGGUGCAUUUUGACUUUAAUAGCACUCCUUUUGAGCUGCAUGAUGAUAAUUACGUUCUUAAGGCAAUGAAAUUUUGCGAGAGACCACAGAGUGAUGAUAUGGCAUCCAAUCAAGCUACUGAUGGAGGUGAAGGUUCUAGCAUGUCCAACAUGUUCCAACAACAAAUCCUUCCUUCCCCAGGAACAAACACACCAGUUAGGCCACCCACCUCACCGCCUAUUCCUGGAAUUAUAAAAGCACGCAUUAAGCAUGAACAUUUUUAAGUGUGUUACCAUGGGCAAUAAUCUCAGCUGUGUCUGUAAAUUGUGUAAAGUAGCUUGCAGGAGGUGGGAGUGCGCCUAUAAUUACCUUCACCUUCCUUAUUUGACCCCUCAUUGGGAGGAAUCCAGGUAACAAGCAGUUUCAGUCUCUUUGCCUAGGGACUUACAUGGAAUUUUUAAUUUUGUCAGGUUCCCAGGUUUAGAUCCAUGGCUGGCUAUUGUAAUUGUUUAAUCAUUUUUUUUUCGCCUACUGAAGUGAAGGUAGUCUGUCAGUUUAUAUUAGGCUACAGGGGAUUUGACUUAGCAGCACACAGAAUCAUAGAAUUAAGCCAACAAUUUGAUAUUACUUGUAUUGCACAUUACAUUUAUGCAAUUGCUGUUUAUCAUCA